GCGCCCGGCCGCCCGGCAGCGAGAGCGGCGCCGCCAUGGAGGCCACCGGGGUGCUGCCGUUCGUGCGCGGCGUGGACCUCAGCGGCAACGACUUCAAGGGUGGCUACUUCCCUGAAAAUGUCAAGGCCAUGACCAGCCUUCGAUGGCUGAAGUUGAACCGUACAGGCCUCUGCUACCUGCCUGAAGAACUGGCUGCCCUGCAGAAGCUGGAGCACUUGUCCGUGAGCCACAACAACCUGACCACGCUGCACGGGGAGCUGUCCAGUCUACCUUCGCUUCGGGCUAUUAUAGCUCGAGCCAACAACCUGAAGAAUUCUGGAGUCCCUGAUGACAUCUUCAAGCUGGAUGACCUCUCAGUCCUGGACUUAAGCCACAACCAACUGACGGAGUGCCCACGGGAGCUAGAAAAUGCCAAGAACAUGCUGGUGCUCAACCUUAGCCACAACAGCAUCGACUCCAUUCCCAACCAGCUGUUCAUCAACCUCACCGACCUGCUGUAUCUGGACCUCAGCGAGAACCGCCUGGAGAGCCUGCCACCUCAGAUGCGCCGUCUCGUGCACUUGCAGACACUGGUGCUCAACGGGAACCCGCUACUGCAUGCGCAGCUCCGGCAGCUUCCAGCCAUGAUGGCCCUGCAGACCCUGCACCUGCGGAACACACAGCGCACCCAGAGCAACCUCCCCACCAGCCUGGAAGGCUUGAACAAUCUUGCAGAUGUGGACCUGUCCUGCAAUGACCUGACGCGGGUGCCCGAGUGCCUGUACACCCUCCCCAGCCUACGCCGCCUCAACCUCAGCAGCAACCAGAUCUCUGAGCUGUCCCCAUGCAUCGACCAGUGGGUGCACGUGGAGACCUUGAACCUGUCCCGCAACCAGCUCACUUCACUGCCAUCUGCCAUUUGCAAGCUGACCAAACUGAAGAAGCUGUACCUGAGCUCCAAUAAGCUGGACUUCGAUGGGCUGCCAUCCGGCAUCGGAAAGCUGAGCAGCCUGGAGGAGUUCAUGGCUGCCAACAACAACCUGGAGCUGAUUCCUGAAAGUCUGUGCAGGUGCCCAAAGCUGAAGAAACUCGUCUUGAACAAGAACCGCCUGGUAACUCUCCCAGAGGCUGUCCAUUUUCUGACAGAGAUCGAGGUCCUGGACGUACGGGAGAACCCCAGCCUGGUCAUGCCACCCAAGCCUGCUGACCAUGCUGCAGAGUGGUACAACAUCGACUUCUCACUGCAGAACCAGCUGCGGCUGGCAGGUGCCUCCCCUGCUACAGUGGCCGCUGCUGCAGCUGUAGGGAGUGGGCACAAAGACCCCCUGGCUCGUAAGAUGAGGCUCCGGAGGCGCAAGGACUCGGCCCAGGAUGACCAGGCUAAGCAGGUGCUGAAGGGCAUGUCAGACGUGGCCCAGGAGAAGAACAAAAAGCAGGAGGAGAGCGAGGACACCCGAACCCCUGGAGGGAAGGUGCGGCGCUGGGACCAGGGCCUGGAGAAGCCACGCCUUGACUAUUCAGAGUUCUUCACGGAGGACGUGGGCCAGCUGCCUGGCUUGACCAUCUGGCAAAUUGAGAACUUUGUUCCUGUGCUGGUGGAGGAAGCCUUCCAUGGCAAGUUCUAUGAGGCUGACUGCUACAUUGUGCUCAAGACCUUCCUAGAUGACAGUGGCUCGCUGAACUGGGAGAUCUACUACUGGAUUGGUGGGGAGGCCACUCUCGACAAGAAAGCCUGCUCGGCCAUCCAUGCCGUCAACCUGCGCAACUACCUGGGCGCCGAGUGCCGCACGGUGCGGGAGGAGAUGGGUGACGAGAGCGAGGAGUUCCUGCAGGUGUUUGACAAUGACAUCUCCUACAUUGAGGGUGGAACAGCCAGUGGCUUCUAUACUGUGGAAGACAUGCACUAUGUCACCAGGAUGUACCGUGUGUAUGGGAAAAAGAACAUCAAGUUGGAGCCUGUGCCCCUCAAGGGGUCCUCCCUGGACCCAAGGUUUGUGUUCCUGCUGGACCAAGGGCUGAACAUCUAUGUGUGGCGAGGGGCCCAGGCCACAUUGAGCAGUACAACCAAGGCCAGGCUCUUUGCAGAGAAAAUUAAUAAGAAUGAGCGGAAAGGGAAGGCAGAGAUCACACUGCUGGUGCAGAGCCAGGAACCCCCCGAGUUCUGGGAGGUGCUAGGUGGGGAGCCCUCGGAGAUCAAGAAGCAUGUGCCUGAUGACUUUUGGCCACCCCAGCCCAAGCUGUACAAGGUGGGCUUAGGCCUGGGCUACCUGGAACUGCCACAGAUCAACUACAAGCUCUCAGUGGAACAUAAGAAACGGCCCAAGGUGGAGCUGUUGCCAGGAAUGAGACUGCUGCAGAGCCUCCUGGACACACGCUGUGUGUACAUCCUGGACUGUUGGUCUGAUGUGUUCAUCUGGCUUGGGCGCAAGUCUCCGCGCCUGGUGCGUGCUGCAGCGCUUAAGCUGGGCCAGGAGCUGUGUGGGAUGCUGCACCGGCCACGCCAUGCCACCGUCAGCCGCAGCCUUGAGGGCACCGAGGCGCAGGUAUUCAAGGCCAAGUUCAAGAACUGGGAUGAUGUAUUGACCGUGGACUACACACGCAAUGCGGAAGCCGUGCUGCAGGGUCCAGGGCUCUCUGGAAAGGUGAAGCGUGACACGGAGAAGAAAGAGCAGAUGAAGGCUGACCUCACCGCGCUCUUCCUCCCCCGGCAGCCACCCAUGGCCCUGGCUGAGGCCGAGCAGCUGAUGGAGGAGUGGAACGAGGACCUGGACGGAAUGGAGGGCUUCGUGCUCGAGGGCAAGAAGUUCGCUCGGCUGCCAGAGGAAGAGUUUGGCCACUUCUACACACAGGACUGCUAUGUCUUCCUCUGCAGGUACUGGGUGCCCGUGGAGUACGAGGAAGAGAAGAAGGAAGACAAGGAUGGGAAGGCGACGGCAGAGGGCAGAGACGGGGAGGCAGCAGCCACUGAGGACGAGAAGCAGCCCGAGGAGGACUUCCAGUGCAUCGUGUACUUCUGGCAGGGCCGCGAAGCCUCCAACAUGGGCUGGCUCACCUUCACCUUCAGUCUGCAGAAGAAGUUCGAGAGCCUCUUCCCUGGCAAGCUGGAGGUGGUACGCAUGACGCAGCAGCAAGAGAAUCCCAAGUUCCUGUCUCACUUUAAGAGAAAGUUCAUCAUCCACCGGGGCAAGAGGAAAGCGGCCCAGGGAGCCCUGCAGCCCAGCCUCUACCAGAUCCGCACCAAUGGCAGCGCACUCUGCACCAGGUGCAUCCAGAUCAACACCGACUCCAGCCUCCUCAACUCGGAGUUCUGCUUCAUCCUCAAGGUCCCCUUUGAGAGUGAGGACAACCAGGGCAUCGUGUAUGCCUGGGUGGGCAGAGCAUCAGACCCAGAUGAAGCCAAGUUGGCAGAAGACAUCCUGAACACCAUGUUUGAUGCCUCCUACAGCAAACAGGUGAUCAAUGAAGGGGAGGAGCCAGAGAACUUCUUCUGGGUGGGCAUCGGGGCACAGAAGCCUUAUGACGAUGAUGCAGAGUAUAUGAAGCACACCAGGCUCUUUAGGUGCUCCAAUGAGAAGGGCUACUUUGCAGUGACUGAGAAAUGCUCUGACUUUUGCCAGGAUGACCUGGCAGAUGACGACAUCAUGUUGCUAGACAAUGGCCAAGAGGUCUACAUGUGGGUGGGGAACCAAACAAGCCAGGUGGAGAUCAAACUGAGUCUGAAGGCCUGCCAGGUGUACAUCCAGCACACGCGCUCCAAAGAGCACGAGCGGCCCCGACGCCUACGCCUCGUCCGCAAGGGUAACGAGCAGCGUGCCUUCACCCGUUGCUUCCAUGCCUGGAGUACCUUCCGCCAGGCUCCUGCCUAGGUACUGCCUGGAGGCCCAGUGCCCCAGAGGAAGGGGCCUCUUCCUGCUGCAUGCACGUGAACGUGCAUGCUUCAGCCACCCACCUGUGACCCCUCCCACCCCACCAACCGGUAGCACACAGCUCCAGGCUGAAUCGCGGGAGAGGAUCCUGAUCGGUGCCCUCACAGUGUGUUCUUGUGUGUGAAGCCCCUCCUCCCACCAGGGAUGAAGCAGAUGGAGUUGCCCUUUAAGAGAUAUUAAAUGCUUUAUUUUCAAUAUUAAA